AGCCCGGUAAAAAAGGAGCUUUGGAGUCACAGCAGCCAUAAAGGAGGCUCCACGCACAGACACACAUACACACGCAUCCGUCUGGAAGGAAUUAGACAGCUGAAAAAGCGGCUGAGAGAAACUUUUGGCCACUUCUGUGCGCUCCGUGUAACCUGGAUGCUUGGGAAGACUGAAUCCCUCACUUUGAUGCGCCCCCAAGGACAGCUGAAGCUGGCAGCAGAGAUUUGAUAGCUAGAAAAAAUACUUUUUUAUUAUUUUUCAAAAAUCGGAAUCUUUUUUUAUUUUUAUUUUUUUGUGACUUUCAUAAAGUUUUAAUAAUAUGAAAGAAAUUACCACAAACUGAUAUUGAUUAUUAGUUUAUGUAUUUUUGCAGGUUUGAAUUUGCAUAAACUUUUCAUUUAAUUGGCAGACAAGAUGUUUGCAUUUGUAAAAGAAGAUGCAUGUGGCCCCAGACUGAUUAGUUAGAGGACAAGCAUUAUUCCCGAGGAUAAGGAUUGUUUUUUUGUUUGUUUUUUUACUAUAAUCAUUUAUAAGGGAAAUAUUGAGCGCAUUCAUGAGAACCACUGCCGUUCAAAUUUAUUUGCCACUUUCUUCACUUGUGGACCGCUACCACAGCUGACGGAGGUGAGCGCAUCCCCUCUGCGGACCAACUGAAGGACAGCAGCUGCUUCAAGAUGAAGUGCCAGAGAGUCCUAACCUACCUGAGGAUAUUCGGAACCACUAUGUUUGGGGUGUCUCUCCUGGUGGGAAUCUCCACAGCCUACAUCAUGGGCUAUCAGUUCUUCACCACAGCCCAAAAUCAUCUAUCAUUUGGCCUGUAUGGUGCUAUCCUGGUUGUUCAUCUCAUCAUCCAGAGUCUCUUUGCACUCCUGGAGCACAGAAAUAUGCGGCGCUCCUUGGAGACUCCGAUCAAACUGAACAAGUCCUUGGCAUUGUGUAUAGCAGCCUAUCAGGAGGAUCCAAAUUACCUGAGGAAGUGCCUGGUGUCAGUAAAGAGGCUGACAUAUCCAGGGAUCAAGGUGAUCAUGGUGAUCGAUGGGAACUCAGAUGAUGACAUGUACAUGAUGGAAAUCUUUAAGGAAGUAAUGGGAUGGGACAAGUCAGCGACAUAUGUGUGGAGGAGUAAUUAUCACAUCAAAGGUCCAGAAGAGACAGAGGAGAGCUAUGCUGAGAGCCUCCAACAAGUCUCCAAACUUGUGCUCAACAAUAAGUGUGUGUGCAUCAUGCAGAAGUGGGGAGGCAAGAGAGAGGUCAUGUACACAGCUUUCAAAGCACUGGGAAGGAGCGUUGACUAUGUACAGGUGUGUGACUCGGACACCAUGCUGGAUCCAGCAUCAUCAGUGGAGAUGGUGAAGGUUUUAGAGGAGGACCCGAUGGUUGGAGGUGUUGGGGGAGAUGUACAGAUCCUAAAUAAAUAUGAGUCAUGGAUCUCCUUCCUGAGCAGCGUUCGAUACUGGAUGGCCUUCAACAUCGAGCGGGCUUGCCAGUCAUACUUUGGUUGUGUUCAAUGCAUCAGUGGCCCUCUAGGAAUGUACCGAAAUUCUCUCCUACAUGAGUUUCUUGAAGACUGGUACAAUCAGACCUUCAUGGGAUCACACUGCAGCUUUGGGGAUGACCGUCAUCUUACAAACCGAGUUCUCAGCCUUGGGUAUGCAACCAAAUACACUGCAAGGUCGAAGUGCCUUACGGAGACGCCUAUUACAUAUCUGCGAUGGCUCAAUCAGCAGACUCGAUGGAGUAAGUCUUAUUUUAGAGAAUGGCUUUACAACUCAAUGUGGUUCCACAAGCAUCAUCUUUGGAUGACUUAUGAGGCUGUAAUCACAGGAUUCUUUCCAUUUUUCCUCAUCGCAACUGCAAUCCAGCUCUUCUUCCAAGGACGACUCUGGAAUAUUUUGUUGUUUUUACUCAUUGUGCAAGCAGUGGCAUUGAUCAAGUCAUCAUUUGCCAGCUGCCUCAGAGGCAACAUUGUCAUGGUGUUCAUGUCCUUCUAUUCAGUACUGUAUAUGUCAAGCCUGUUGCCAGCUAAAAUGUUUGCAAUAGCAACUAUUAACAAAUCAGGCUGGGGGACCUCUGGGAGGAAAACAAUAGUGGUAAACUUUAUUGGUCUGAUUCCAAUAACCAUCUGGUUUACCAUCCUAUUUAUUGGGUUUAUUUACACUAUUAUCCAACAGACUAAAAAACCUUUUCCUCACUCAGAGGAGAUUGUGCUCAUCGUUGGGGCAGUGGUCUAUGCCAGUUACUGGGUGAUACUGUUGACACUAUAUGCCGUUCUUAUAAACAAAUGUGGAAAAAGGAAGAAAGAAACUCAUUAUGAUAUGGUGCUUGAUGUAUGACCUUAAUUUAAGAAGCACCACUAACCACUGAACCAGUUUCAGUUUUUAAAUUCCUGUUUACAAAAGUGUUUCCACUCAUAACAACUCUGGUUGCAAAUUGGUUGAGUUCAACUACAACAAGCAAAGGAAGGGUCUAACUGUAACAGUUCAACUCAUGAUCAUGGAGAGUUAAGUGUAUAGGCUAACCAAACACCUUUGAAAACUUACAGUGGCAUAUUUGUCAUUUUUUUUUAUCAAAGUGGACUUAAAAGAGUGGUAGGCUUUUAAUAUUAGCUACCUCUUACUGCUGUCAUAUCCACUGGGCAUCUGUCUAACGUAUGUAGCUUUGCCAGGGAAACUGUGGAUUUUUAGCCUUUCUAUUGGGGUUUAACUUGACAUGAAGAAUAUAUUUUCUCCCAGAGAGUCAUCGUCACUAAGAAAUGUCUGUAAACCACAAGCUGAGAAUAAUCUGUGUUUCUGCAUUGAAAGGGAGCAACAUGGCUGCCAUUUUGGCAGAGGUCAUACAUGUUCUGUAUGACCUCUGAGCAAGUAGCCUCACCAAAUAAAGCAAAUGGUCUGUUUGUUGAUGUGUUCUUACCACAUGAACAUGUUACAGGGUAAUAACUUUAAAAGAAGAAAUCUUUUUUCUCAGUCAUUUUAGUUCUAUGGGGUUUUUUAUGUAGUGUUCACCCCAGACAUUAGUUAAAACCUAAUUAAUCAGCACAUACAAAGAAAUGAAAACAAAUAAGUCCACACAUAAUAUGUGAUACAAUGAGUUCUUCUCAUGAGUUCCACCUAAUGUAUCCUGAAUGGAUUAAAGUCACGUAAUGAACUAUUAUUGCAGCUUUAUCUUCUUUUGAAUGGAAUUGAGAGUUUCCUUGGUUGUGAGGCAGUUGGCUUACUGAUAAAACAUCCCUUUUUUAGAGUUUACAUUCCUUAAUUUAUCUUUAAUUUAGUUAUACUUCAGUGCCACAUGGAUGAAGUCAGCCGCACACCUUCAUGAUCGUACUUUUAAACCUCACUGUUAGUAUGGUGUUAAUUACAUAUGUGCAGUGGCAUUUAUUGUUGAAAUAUCCAGGAACAUUUAUUUGGGCAUUAGCAAUCUGAGAAA